CCAUUGUCUCCGUUCAUGUUCGGCUGAAGGCACACGCACAGUCAGUCCGUCCGUCCAUCAGUCCGUCAGUCCGGUGCCCCGCCCCGCACCGCUCACACGCCACCCGGAAUGGAAAAAGAGCCUACAUCUGUGCAGCGACGGAUCGAGGAUCGUCAUCUCGCCGUCGGAGACGGAGCUCAGGGAGCCGCCAUAUCCGGAGUCGACUCUGCUCGCGGCGACGGAGGAGGGAGUGCUUGACCGAGACUGGUGGCGAGGAGCGUAUUGGGACGCCAUGGUGUCGGGUCGCUGAGAGCGCGCGGGGCUAGACGAUCGAUCGAGGAGCGCUGUUCCUGCUGUUUUAUAUCGUCGGUGAUUUUGUUUCACGGGCGACUGGAAAGAAACGAUGUGUUUUGUAGGCUGUUGUUUCGUUUGUGGGUGGUGGGUGGUAAUCGGGUGGGUGGUGGGUGAGGGGUUUAGAGAAGGAGGAGUAGUAGAGUUUGUGCGGGUAGGGAUGCAGGCUGCGUGGAGUAGAAAAUCUGGUGAUGCUUGGCGGCCUGCCAAGGUCUUUUUCUUUUCUUUUCUUGCCGACCGCAGUCCGGUCUUACAAAUAGACUUCCGUCCCCUCCUCCGGCACUCUCCUUCAAAUUUAUAUUCUCCUCGAGCGCUUAUGUAUGGAAUUAUGGCCAAACGUCAGAUUAGCGAGGAAUGACGCUUUGGCUGGCUGGCUUUUGGACUUCAACGCACACCGGCUGUGCUGCUGCUGCAGGGUCGGAUGACGUUGGAGCGCUGAAGAAAGAGAGUAUCAACAACGUCUCGGUCCGCCACCUCUAUUCUACUCUAAAACCGGACCGGUACUCACUCUCAGCGAUCAGCAAUACAAUACAAUAAUGACUCGGUACUCAUCCACCUCAGAUAACAAUAGGUAUCGAAACCCCGCAACAGUGCAACACCCGUGCAAACCCGCCAGUUAGUACCUAGCAGUGUCAAAAACGCCCCGAGUAGAGUAGCCA